CAUUUCAUCCUCCAACCAUCUCCUUGUUUCUCUGUAUUUUUCUCUCUGCUCUUCUUGUUUACAUGUCACUAUGAAAUGAAGAAACGCGCAACCGAGUUUCCCUCUUUUUUUCAUCGGUUUCUCUGCGAGGCUUCGGUCUGAAUCUAAUGGGCGGUGAAGAUAGGUGGCAAGGCAUUGCUCUAGCUCCAGUAAAUACAGACAGAGAAGAGGAGCAAUGGAGGAGCUUCAACAACUCAGUGAAUGCAGUUUCUUUAGGUUUUGUAGCAACUGCUAUUCUCAUCUCAAUGUUUCUUGUGAUGGCUAUUUUUGAGAGAUUUUUCAGGCCCAGAUCAUCACAGCUGCCCACUUCAGCUCACACUACUACAACUACUACUCAUUUGGAUCUUCAGCCACAGAUUACCUACAAUGAUUCCAAGCUUGAUCACCACCACUCUCACAAAAUGAGAAUUUAUGCCAGAGAAGUAUCUGUGAUGAUGCCUGGGGAAGAUAUGCCUACCUUCAUUGCACAUCCUGCUCCUGCACCGUGUCUACCGGAGCGCAUCGCUUGGCCUCUCCAUCAAACACAAACCGUGCCUUGAUCCUGCUUCGAGCUAAAUUUCAAGCUGAAACAAGACAGGGAUAUCGACAAGAAAAACCUAGUUUUCGUUAGUCCUUUUGGUUUCGGACAUGAUCGAAUUAGGGUUCGUUGACGAUCACAUUAGUCUUUUGAACGUAGGAGGAAGCCAGGAACCGAGACUCAUUAGCAGAACAACAAUCACAUGUACAUAUUCCGUUUUAUGUAUAAAGCUUUGGCUGUCCUCUCAAAUUGAUUUUCUUGGUGUUUAAUUUCUAAAUAUCAAAAUAA